GCCAUUUCCGCGGCUCUCCCCGCGCGGGCCCCGGCCGUGCCCGGCUCUCCUCCCCGUGACGCGCUCCCUCCGCCCGCUGCCCCUGAGGGCUUUCCCCGCUCCCGCCCGCGCUGCCCAACAUGGCGCUGGCGGCGGCCGAGCGGGGCCGCGGCUGCCUCGGGGCGCUGCGCCGGCUGCAAUGGAACCAAGUACGAAUAUUUGUGAAAUGGGCCUCAACGAUAGGAGGUCACAGCAUAGGGAAGAUCCUUAUUGCAAACCGAGGAGAAAUCGCCUGCAGGGUGAUGCGAACAGCCAAGAAGAUGGGGGUGAAGUCUGUGGCAGUUUACAGUGAAGCAGACAGGAAUUCCAUGCAUGUAGCAAUGGCAGAUGAAGCAUAUUGCAUUGGUCCACCACCCUCUCAGCAGAGUUACUUGGCCAUGGAGAAAAUACUGCAGGUGGCCAAGGUCUCAGCAGCACAGGCUAUUCAUCCAGGUUAUGGUUUCCUCUCAGAAAACACAGAGUUUGCAGAGCUGUGUAAGCAGCAGGGAGUCAUCUUCAUAGGUCCUCCUUCAUCUGCUAUCAGAGAUAUGGGUAUUAAAAGCACUUCCAAAGCUAUAAUGUCUGCUGCUGGCGUUCCUGUUGUUGAAGGUUAUCAUGGAGAAGAUCAGUCUGAUGAGUGUCUAAAGGAGCAUGCCAGGAGAAUUGGAUACCCAGUAAUGAUUAAAGCUGUCCGUGGGGGUGGAGGAAAGGGCAUGAGGAUUGCUCAUUCAGAAAAGGAGUUUCUGGACCAACUGGAAUCAGCAAGGAGAGAAGCAAAAAAGUCUUUUAAUGAUGAUGCAAUGCUGAUUGAGAAAUUUGUAGAUAAUCCAAGGCAUGUUGAAGUCCAGGUAUUUGGUGACCAGCAUGGCAAUGCAGUGUAUUUGUUUGAAAGAGACUGCAGUGUGCAAAGGAGGCAUCAGAAAAUCAUUGAAGAGGCACCAGGGCCAGGAAUUAGUCCAGAGGUUCGAAGGAGGCUGGGAGAAGCUGCUGUCAAAGCAGCUAAAGCAGUGAAUUAUGUGGGAGCAGGAACAGUUGAAUUUAUUAUGGACUCCCAACAUAAUUUUUACUUCAUGGAGAUGAAUACCAGGCUGCAAGUGGAGCACCCAGUUACAGAGAUGAUCACUGGAACAGACUUGGUGGAAUGGCAGCUCAGGGUUGCAGCAGGAGAGAAGAUUCCUCUAAGGCAGGAAGAGAUCCUGCUUCAGGGCCAUGCAUUUGAAGCUAGGAUAUAUGCUGAAGACCCUAAUAAUAACUUUAUGCCAGGCGCUGGGCCACUGUUGCACUUAUCCACCCCCCCAGCAGAUCGUUUCACCAGGAUAGAGACCGGAGUCAGGCAAGGGGAUGAGGUUUCUGUGCAUUAUGACCCCAUGAUUGCCAAGCUGGUUGUUUGGGCUGAGGACCGACAGGCAGCGCUCAGAAAGCUGCGCUACAGUUUGCACCAGUACAACAUUGUAGGAUUAAGCACUAAUAUUGAUUUCUUACUGAGCCUGUCAGGACACCCACAGUUUGAGGCUGGAAAUGUGCACACUAAUUUCAUUCCUCAGCACCACGAUGAACUAUUUCCAGCCAAAAAGGCAACUCCACAUGAAGUUAUGUGUCAGGCAGCUCUAGGGCUCAUACUGAAAGAGAAGAUGCUAACAGAUGCUUUCAGAGAUCAGUCAGAUGAUAAAUUCUCACCAUUUGCAUCCAGCACUGGUAGAAGAAUAAAUAUAUGUUACACUAGAAAACUGUCUCUGCUGGAUGGUGAAAACGUUGUGGAUGUAGCUGUAAGUUACAAUCAAGAUGGGUCAUACAAAAUGCAGAUUCAAGACCAAACGUUCCUGAUUUCUGGAGAGAUCUUGAAAGAAGGUGAUUCACUUUGCCUGAGGUCUUCCGUAAAUGGAACAGUGUCCAAGUCCAAGUUGGUCAUUUUGGACAACAUCAUUUAUCUGUUCUUCCCGGAAGGCAGUGCUCAGAUUGGCCUCCCUGUGCCCAAAUACUUGUCUGCAGUGAGUUCAGGGGCAGAGCAAAGUGGAGCUGUGGCGCCCAUGACAGGCACAGUAGAAAAGGUGUUUGUGAAGGCAGGGGAUAAGGUUCAGAUUGGAGAUCCUCUAAUGGUUAUGAUAGCUAUGAAAAUGGAGCACACCAUAAGGGCUCCCAAGGCAGGAGUGAUUAAAAAGGUCAAUUUCCAAGAAGGUGCCCAGGCCAACAGACAUGCUCCACUCGUUGAAUUCAUGGAUGAAGAGGCAGAGUCAAAAUAGAAUUCAAGGAAGGUGCAUUUUAUUUUUUCUACUUUGCUGAUUCUCUCCCAGAAGAAGAUUUCUUCAUAUUUUCAGCAAACUGUUUUGUAUGAAUGGGGGAUUGGUUUCCUCUGCACUUCCUGCAUAGUUUGACUGUAAAUUAUGCUGACUUCACUGAAAUUUGGGUAUCACUAUACUGUAAUUGUAUUUAUAACUUGUGGACCUAUGUGAUUGUUGUCCAGUGGUUGUUUGCCUGAGGAAAGGACUGGAAGAAGAUGUGAAACUCUGAAAGGAUCAGAGAGGUUAAUAAGGACUAUAAGGUACAGACAGGUUGGGUUCUUCUUAUUCACAGCUGCCUUUUUUCCCUUAAAUAUGCGAGGCUUGAUUUGAAGAAAAUCUGAAAGACAGUUUUUCUAUUUUCUGGCAAAAUUCCUGUUUGUGGCUUAUGUUUUUGCCUUAAUAGGGAAUUUAGGAUUGUUUCUUAGCCCAGAAUCCCUCUCAGUCAUUUCUGGUGCAUCUGCUUUUCCUGUUUACCUCAAGGAGUUGUGAAAAUUUGCAUUUAAAAAAUUAUUUUAAUAUACCUCAAAAUAUGUGAUGCAAAUCAUUUCUCAAAUACAUUUGCUACACUAAUCAAAGUUAAAAUGUAACUGCUUUCAAAAAAUACCAUUUUAACUUUAAACAUGAAGUAGUAACAUAGAAAUAUAAGUGUAUUUAAUACUUAGUGUGCCAAAAUACAAUACUGACUUCAGAAUCUUCAUUACUGUUACCAUAUUGUUCAUGUUCUAGUGUAUUUCUUAUUGGCUGGAGUGAAGUACACCACAGUCUUUAUAACAACAUGAAAUAAGAAUACUAAGAAUAAUAGAUUUUUUUUGUAUCUGCAGGGUUUCAGAAGGGAUAAUUUGUAGGUUUUUGCAUAUGCAAAGAAAAAGAAUUCUCAGACUAAGCAUACUGAUAAUUUUCCAUAAAUUUAACUUAUUUAACCAGCACCUUAGGGAAACAAGGGAAAGAAAAAAUGUUUUAGUUGUUGCAAACUUUGAAAGUCUUUUCAUUUUUCAGUUAAUGUGAAGUUCUGUUAUCACGUGAAGUUUUGAUAUGCUAAUUUAAUUAAAUAAUCUCUUCUAUACUGCAGAAAGGAACAAUCAGAUGCUGCAGUGAUCCCAAGCCUGUAGUUAAAUCUGUGCAAAUGGACCCUUACCUGAAAUCUCGUUUCUGAAUCAAUACACAGUAUCAUGGGGAAUUCUCUGAUCUGCUUUUAUAAUUGUGCAGCCUUGUCUGCAAUGCAGAAAAAAAGUGGUGAAAAAGCAAUGACUCUGGAUGAUUCGUGUAUUAAAUGCAUAUAAAGCAUAUUUUAAUACUUCACAAUUUUCCUUCCAAUCCUAUGGUCACCUAGCAAAUAAUUAAAUUCCCGUGAUCAUCUUGGAGAAUAUUGCCACUAUUAUUUUUAUUUACUGCCAAAUAAAAAUUAAGCAUAACUCAGAA